AUGGCUAAGAUCGUGUUUGCCUCCCUGGCAGUGCUUGCCGUGGGCAAAUCCAAUGAGACAGGCAGUGUGGCUUGCUUGUCCAGCAAGCCCAACAUCCAGAGUUGUGGGUCGGAUUGCUUCAGCAACGACGAUCUGGCAUCCUGCUCAGCCGACUGCCUGGAGCAGAAAGGUGAAAGCUCCGUUUGCGCGCAGUGCUACGGUCCCAAGAUCCAGUGCUCCAUUGAGAAGUGCAUGGACACGUGCAGCGACGAGUUUGACCUCACCGGAGACUGCCAGGAGUGCGUGAUGCAAACGUGCAACUUUGCUGCCUCUUGUUCCCCGGGCAAGUCUGCACACGCACCAGUGGAUGCAUCUUUCCUCAAGGAGCUUGUAGCCCUUGCCAGGGCAAAGGAUUCUGCGGCAGUUUGCGUGUCCAGCAAUCCCUUGAUCCAGAGCUGUGGGUCAGAUUGCUUCAGCAACAGCGAUGUGGCAUCUUGCUCAGCCGACUGCCUGGAGCAGAGGGGUGAGAGCUCUGUUUGCGCGCAGUGCUACGGUCCCAAGAUCCAGUGCUCCAUCGAGAAGUGCGCGGACAAGUGUAGCGAUCAGCUUGACCUCACUGGGGACUGUCAAACCUGCGUGAUGCAGACGUGCAACUUUGCCGCCUCUUGUGCCCCGGGCAAGUCUGGAUCGGCACCAGUGGAUGCUUCGUUCCUCAAGGAGCUCGUCACCCUUGCCAAGGCAAAGGUCUUCUCCAGCAACAUGUUGUAUCCCUAG